UCGGUUUUGAAGUAAGCGUACUUUAUAGCGCUCUUUUAAUAUUUGAUUGAAAUAAAAAGAUUAAGAUAAACAAAUAGUAUUUGUAGAAAAAUUUAACAUCAUUUUAAUUUCUCUAAACAUGGCUGAUGCAAAUCCAGGACCUAUGACUUUGGGGGAUCCUGAGUUAAAAAAGAAACCGGAACAAGAUGAAAACAUGACAGAUGAAAAAAGUUCUCAGGAUGGCGCUAAAGCAAAUGAACAUGAUGCUAAAAGAAUUUAUUACGAACAAGAUGAAAGCAUGACAGAUGAAAAAAGUACUCAGGAUGGUACUAAAGCAAAUGAACCUGAUGCUAAAAAGUUUGGAAUCACAGAUGAAGAAAGUUCUCAGGAUGGAGCUAAAGCAAAUGAACAUGUUGCUAAAAGAAUUGGUUACGAACAAGAUGAAAGAAUGACAGAUGAAAAAUGUUCUCGGGAUGGUGCUAAAGCAAAUGAACAUGAUGCUGAAAAGUUUGUAAUACAAGAUAAAGAAAUUUUUCAGGAUGGUGCUAAAGCAAAUCAACAUGAUGCUGAAAAGUUUGAAAUCACAGAUGAAGAAAGUUCUCAGGAUGGUGCUAAAGCAAAUGAACAUGUUGCUAAAAGAAUUCGUUACGAACAAGAUGAAAGAAUGACAGAUGAAAAAUGUUCUCGGGAUGGUGCUAAAGCAAAUGAACAUGAUGCUGAAAAGUUCGUAAUCAAAGAUAAAGAAAUUUCUCAGGAUACUGCUAAAGCAAAUGAACAUGAUGCUGAAAAGUUUGGAAUCACAGAUGAAGAAAGUUCUCAGGAUGGUGCUAAAGCAAAUGAACAUGUUGCUAAAAGACGUGGUUACGAACAAGAUGAAAGAAUGACAGAUGAAAAAUGUUCUCGGGAUGGUGCUAAAGCAAAUGAACAUGAUGCUGAAAAGUUUGUAAUCCAAGAUAAAGAAAUUUCUCAGGAUGGUGCUAAAGCAAAUGAACAUGAUGCUGAAAAGUUUGGAAUCACAGAUGAAGAAAGUUCUCAGGAUGGAGCUAAAGAAAAUGCAAAUGUUGCUAAAAGAAUUCGUUACGAACAAGAUGAAAGAAUGACAGAUGAAAAAUGUUCUCGGGAUGGUGCUAAAGCAAAUGAACAUGAUGCUGAAAAGUUCGUAAUCAAAGAUAAAGAAGUUUCUCAGGAUACUGCUAAAGUAAAUGAACAUGAUGCUGAAAAGUUUGGAAUCACAGAUGAAGAAAGUUCUCAGGAUGGUUCUAAAGCAAAUGAACAUGUUGCUAAAAGAAUUCGUUACGAACAAGAUGAAAGAAUGACAGAUGAAAAAAGUUCUCUGGAUGGUGCUAAAGCAAAUGAGAAUGAUGCUGAAAAGUUUGUACUCAAAGAUAAAGAAAUUUCUCAGGAUACUGCUAAAGCAAAUGAACAUGAGGCUAAAAAGUUUAGAAUCACAGAUGAAGAAAGUUCUCAGGAUGGUGCUAAAGCAAAUGAACAUGUUGCUAAAAGAGUUCGUUACGAACAAGAUGAAAGAUUGACGGAUGACAAAUGUUCUCGGGAUGGUGCUAAAGCAAAUGAACAUGAUGCUGAAAAGUUUGUAAUCAAAGAUAAAGAAAUUUCUCAGGAUACUGCUAAAGCAAAUGAACAUGAUGCUGAAAAGUUUGGAAUCACAGAUGAAGAAAGUUCUCAGGAUGGUGCUAAAGCAAAUGAACAUGUUGCUAAAAGAAUUUGUUACGAACAAGAUGAAGGAAUGACAGAUGAAAAAAGUUCUCGGGAUGGAGCUAAAGGAAAUGAACAUGUUGCUAAAAGAAUUUGUUACGAACAAGAUGAAGGAAUGACAGAUGAAAAAAGUUCUCGGGAUGGAGCUAAAGCAAAUGAACAUGUUGCUAAAAGAGUUCGUUACGAACAAGAUGAAAGAAUGACGGAUGACAAAUGUUCUCGGGAUGGUGCUAAAGCAAAUGAACAUCAUGCUGAAAAGUUUGUAAUCAAAGAUAAAGAAAUUUCUCAGGAUACUGCUAAAGCAAAUGAACAUGAUGCUGAAAAGUUUGGAAUCACAGAUGAAGAAAGUUCUCAGGAUGGUGCUAAAGCAAAUGAACAUGUUGCUAAAAGAAUUUGUUACGAACAAGAUGAAGGAAUGACAGAUGAAAAAAGUUCUCGGGAUGGAGCUAAAGCAAAUGAACAUGUUGCUAAAAGAGUUCGUUAUGAACAAGAUGAAAGAAUGACGGAUGACAAAUGUUCUUGGGAUGGUGCUAAAGCAAAUGAACAUGAUGCUGAAAAGUUUGUAAUCAAAGAUAAAGAAAUUUCUCAGGAUACUGCUAAAGCAAAUGAACAUGAUGCUGAAAAGUUUGGAAUCACAGAUGAAGAAAGUUCUCAGGAUGGUGCUAAAGCAAAUGAACAUGUUGCUAAAAGAAUUUGUUACGAACAAGAUGAAGGAAUGACAGAUGAAAAAAGUUCUCGGGAUGGAGCUAAAGCAAAUGAACAUGUUGCUAAAAGAGUUCGUUACGAACAAGAUGAAAGAAUGACGGAUGACAAAUGUUCUCGGGAUGGUGCUAAAGCAAAUGAACAUCAUGCUGAAAAGUUUGUAAUCAAAGAUAAAGAAAUUUCUCAGGAUACUGCUAAAGCAAAUGAGCAUGAUGCUGAAAAGUUUGGAAUCACAGAUGAAGAAAGUUCUCAGGAUGGUGCUAAAGCAAAUGAACAUGUUGCUAAAAGAAUUUGUUACGAACAAGAUGAAGGAAUGACAGAUGAAAAAAGUUCUCGGGAUGGAGCUAAAGCAAAUGAACAUGUUGCUAAAAGAGUUCGUUACGAACAAGAUGAAAGAAUGACGGAUGACAAAUGUUCUUGGGAUGGUGCUAAAGCAAAUGAACAUGAUGCUGAAAAGUUUGUAAUCAAAGAUAAAGAAAUUUCUCAGGAUACUGCUAAAGCAAAUGAACAUGAUGCUGAAAAGUUUGGAAUCACAGAUGAAGAAAGUUCUCAGGAUGGUGCUAAAGCAAAUGAACAUGUUGCUAAAAGAAUUUGUUACGAACAAGAUGAAGGAAUGACAGAUGAAAAAAGUUCUCGGGAUGGAGCUAAAGCAAAUGAACAUGUUGCUAAAAGAGUUCGUUACGAACAAGAUGAAAGAAUGACGGAUGACAAAUGUUCUCGGGAUGGUGCUAAAGCAAAUGAACAUCAUGCUGAAAAGUUUGUAAUCAAAGAUAAAGAAAUUUCUCAGGAUACUGCUAAAGCAAAUGAACAUGAUGCUGAAAAGUUUGGAAUCACAGAUGAAGAAAGUUCUCAGGAUGGUGCUAAAGCAAAUGAACAUGUUGCUAAAAGAAUUUGUUACGAACAAGAUGAAGGAAUGACAGAUGAAAAAAGUUCUCGCGAUGGAGCUAAAGCAAAUGAACAUGUUGCUAAAAGAGUUCGUUACGAACAAGAUGAAAGAAUGACGGAUGACAAAUUUUCUCGGGAUGGUGCUAAAGCAAAUGAACAUGAUGCUGAAAAGUUUGUAAUCAAAGAUAAAGAAAUUUCUCAGGAUACUGCUAAAGCAAAUGAAAAUGAUGCUGAAAAGUUUGGAAUCACAGAUGAAGAAAGUUCUCAGGAUGGUGCUAAAGCAAAUGAACAUGUUGCUAAAAGAAUUCGUUACGAACAAGAUGAAAGAAUGACAGAUGAAAAAUGUUCUCGGGAUGGUGCUAAAGCAAAUGAGCAUGAUGCUGAAAAGUUUGUACUCAAAGAUAAAGAAAUUUCUCAGGAUACUGCUAAAGCAAAUGAACAUGAGGCUAAAAAGUUUGGAAUCACAGAUGAAGAAAGUUCUCAGGAUGGAGCUAAAGCAAAUGAACAUGUUGCUAAAAGAAUUCGUUACGAGCAAGAUGAAGGAAUGACAGAUGAAAAAAGUUCUCGGGAUGGAGCUAAAGCAAAUGAACAUGUUGCUAAAAGAAUUCGUUACGAACAAGAUGAGAGAAUGACAGAUGAAAAAUUUUCUCAUGAUGGUGCUAAAGCAAAUGAACAUGAUGCUGAAAAGUUUGUAAUCAAAGAUAAAGAAAUUUCUCAGGAUACUGCUAAAGCAAAUGAACCUAAUGCUGAAAAGUUUGGAAUCACAGAUGAAGAAAGUUCUCAGGAUGGUGCUAAAGCAAAUGAACAUGUUGCUAAAAGAAUUCGUUACGAACAAGAUGAAAGAAUGACAGAUGAAAAAUGUUCUCGGGAUGGUGCUAAAGCAAAUGAACAAGAUUCUGAAAAGUUUGUAAUCAAAGAUAAAGAAAUUUCUCAGGAUGGUGCUAAAGCAAAUGAACAAGAUUCUGAAAAGUUUGUAAUCAAAGAUAAAGAAAUUUCUCAGGAUGGUGCUAAAGCAAAUGAACAUGAUGCUGAAAAGAUUGUAAUCAAAGAAGAAGAAAGUUCUCAGGAUGGAGCUAUAGCAAAUGAACCUGAUGCUAAAAAAAUUCGUUACGAACAAGAUGAAAGAAUGGCAGAUGAAAAAAGUUCUCAGGAUGGUGCUAAAGCAAAUGAACAAGAUUCUGAAAAGUUUGUAAUCAAAGAUAAAGAAAUUUCUCAGGAUGAUGCUAAAGCAAAUGAACAUGAUGCUGAAAAGAUUGUAAUCAAAGAAGAAGAAAGUUCUCAGGAUGGAGCUAUAGCAAAUGAACCUGAUGCUAAAAAGCCUGAGGAAGAACCGAAGUUUGAUUCUCAUGGUGUACAUAUAGAAACGCAGCUUGAUUUAUGUGAUUGCAUGAAUAAUACUUGCGAGGGAUGUUUCCUUCCAUGUGAAUAUUGCUUUUCAAAUAAAUGUGGGCAUGCAUGCCGCAAUGAACGUACUUGGAUCUAUGACAGCAUAGAUAUUGAGGGCACGCAAUAUACCCUCAAAAGUCAUUUCACGAAAAGAAAUUAAAUCAGUCUUUUACACGACGCCUUUCGCCCCCUUAUUUUUCAUCCUUUUCUAUUCAGCCAUAUGUAUCAAAAUGCACUUCUGUAUCUAACCAUUUUACAUGAAUAAAAUAAUUUUCUUUGUCGUUUUAA